AUGCAACAGCAGGCAUCAAUGGGCUCAAGGCAGAGGGCAAAGGGGUACUACAUAUUCAUCAGAAGUGAUGGAAUUACUCAGUUGGGUCCAAAUCCACUGGAGCUUCUUGUUCCACUGAAACAUGAUUUGUGGCUGGCUAUUAUGUUUACUUUAUUUGCCUAUACCAUUGUCAUGGGAGGUAUAUUUUAUCUACAGAGGAAACCAUUAUGUGAUGCUAUCUUUUCAGUCAUUGGAGCAUUUGUUCAGAAAUAUGAUGAAACUACUAGUUACCACCACAGGAUCACAUCAGAACAAUGCCUACGAUUUGCAGCUUAUAUCACAGGGUCUGUCUUGCUAUCAGCGUAUUCUGCAGGGAUUAUCUCCAUACUUACUGUCAGCGAGCAAAAGCUACCAUUUCAGAAUUUUGCUGAAAUUGAACAGGAUGGUUCAUAUAUGCUGAGCGUCACUGGAAACUCCUUCGAGUAUGAUUUUUUUAAGCUGUCACAGCAAAUGCUCCUGCAAAAGUUGUUCAGUAAACAAAUGGACAUUCAUAAUCCACCAAGAACAAAACCUGAAGGUCUAUCUAGAGUGUGCACAGAAAACAAGUAUGCCUUCCUGUCAACUGAUCUGUCCAUACAAAGCUCAUGGAAUCAUCAAAACUGCAAUGUUAUAGCAGUUCCAAUUGAUAUGUUCCGCUGUACUCUUGCACUGAUAUUAAGAAAAAACAGCCCAUAUAUUGGAGCCAUGAAUUUCCAGUAA